GUGUGGAAACGCAAAUUGCGUCGUUCUCUAUCCGACUAAGUUAAUGUGUCUGACUUUCUUACGAAAUGACUUAUAUUUUAUAAUAUGCAUCUGCAGUAGCCCAGUGGAUAUUUCGAUAAGGUGAUUUGAGUGCCAGUUGCGGAAGUUCGGAAGCGAAGAAGAGGAGGGGAGGAGAUGCAAAAUCUUACAGCAAGCGAGUUGGCUGGUUUUGGUGUAGGGGCUUUCCUUUUAUGGGCCACCAUUAGUGCUCCCAGAAUCGACGCUUUCAUCUCUGCCUCCCAGAGAAGCUCUUUGGGUAUGUGCAAGAGAUGUGGUGAUUUAAAGAUAAUAGCUUGCUCAAGAUGCAAAGGAGUUGGAUCGGUUAGUGCGGGUGGGCCAUUUAGUUUUAAGCUUCUGGAGGACUUCUUUCAAUUAUCUGGGGAUCGUGCAAGGGUUAGAUCCGUUCCAUGUACUAAAUGUCGAGCUAAAGGCCACUUUUCCUGCCCUGAUUGCUCUAAAUUGACAAAAGUUGGUCCUCUCUAGGACAAGUACAGAUGUUUCCUCUUUUUCAACUUAUGCUCUCUCAGAGUGGAUUGAUUUCAGGGUUUAUCAUAUGUAAGGUUUCAAUACUUCAUUUUGUUCCAAAAAUAUCUUAAACCCAUUAAGUGAAAAUGGGUGUAAAUUGUUGUUUGUGUAUCUUUACCAAAAGUAAGAUUUAUUUCUGAGAAGUUUAGAAUA